GCUGCAGAAGUUGAAGUCAAAAGUUACCUGCAGCUCUCCCCUCAAAUGUUAUUCCUCCCCUAUUGUCAGCCACUUGGCAGGCAUAUGAACCCAGAAGGACUCAUCCUCAACCUACCUCCUUCUCCUCCCAGCUGCUCGGCACUAGGGAGGGACGGAUAGCAGCGGGAAGACUGUUCCCAACCGAUGUGGAUGUGACAGACAAGCACAGGUGGACACCGCUUGUCAGGAGCCAAGCGUGGCUCCAACAUCUGGCCAGCUGCCACUGAAAUUGCCUCUUCAGCACUGCGCGCACACACACACACCCUGAGCACACCACUAACUUCACACGCUGCCAGAGGCUGCUCCGGGGUUGGAUUUUCGGCUACUUGCACACCCACCAAAGGGAGAAUCUCUCUCUCUCUCUCUCUCUCCCCCUCUCUAAUGGACGAAUCGGCAGGAUAAUGGGAGAGAUUUAACAUCAUUCCACCAAGGCUCUGGGGAAAAUCUAUGGGGAUUCCAUGAUUACUAAUCCAUUUGAAAAGUGAUCCUUCAAUCAAAAAAAUUUGAGAACUAACACUCGAGGGAAUCAGAUCACCUCGUGUUUCUCAGAGGAGCCAGCCUUUCCAGGUUUUGAGUCACUUGACUGAUAAGGACAUCAUGUUGUUUAGAGCUGCCCAUGAUUGUGUUUGUCUCCCUUCUUCCUCGCUGUAAAAGAAAAAGACUCUUGUUUGAAGCUGAAAGGGUUUCACAAAUUGGCAAUGUGAUUGGCUUCACUUCAAAAUAAUUUACGACAAAGAAACAGGAGAGAAGGAACUUGAAGCCUUUUCACUUGGAGGAUUUUUAUUCAUACCUGCUGGGAAAAUUGGAUGUUUUUGGACAUUUAUCUGACACUGCCAAAGGGAUGCCGGCCAAGACACCGAUUUACCUGAAAACAACCAGCAGCAAGAAAGGCAAGAAAUUUAAACUGAGGGACAUUUUAUCCCCUGACAUGAUUAGCCCUCCACUUGGAGACUUCCGACACACCAUUCACAUUGGCAAUGGAGGGGAGCAUGAUGUAUUCGGGGACAUUUCAUUUCUCCAAGGGAAGUAUGACCUCUUGCCUGGAAAUCAAGGCACGGCAAAACUUGGCCAGUAUGGAGGGCACAGUGAGUUUUUACGGGCAAACAGCACGCCGAACCCUACUUUCUCCGAGACACCCUCACCAGUGCUUAAGAAUGCCAUAUCACUUCCUAGCAUUGGUGGGUCUCAAGCCCUCAACCUCCCUCUACUGACUGCCAUGACCUUUGUCUCAAAGCGGGAUUUCUCAGCCCCUCCUAAACCUCCUCGGCUCCACCCAGCCACUGAACCACACAUGCCAGACAAAGAUGAGCAAAGGGGGAAUGGGCACAUUAAUACAGAAGGAAGAGAGGUGAAAAAGUGCCCAAAGGUAUUACAGAACGGUGAACCAAACAUCAAUCACUCACAUAGCUUUAUGGGGCAAUCUAAAGCCCGUAAAAACGUGGAGGAAGAUUCCACUCGCUGCAUCGCACAGUGCGGAGUGACAAGAACAACCAGUUCAUCAGAGGAUUCCCUCCUCAACCUCACCGGCUCUCUACUUUCCCUUCAGCUAGAUCUAGGGCCUUCUAUUUUAGAUGAUGUCCUCAACGUUAUGGAUAGGAAGCAUCAGCUGGAGGUCAAAUAACAGGCACAUUCUCAGCAAAGUCGACAAGAGAGAGCUUGGACCUCUCUCACAGUAUGCUUGAACCAUGGAACCUGUACGUCUGCAUGUUGAGCUUGAAGGAGAUACAUCAGCGUUGCCAUCUGCACCUUGGAAACGUUGAUUGCAGCAUCAUCUGUAAUUCUCUUUUGACGUUAUUGGUGUUUGAUGCUCUUUUCAACUGUUGCUCUGAUGAACAUGAAGGACUGCUGUUUGGCUGUGACACGAUUUCCACUGCUGCACCUAUGGCAAAGGACAUCUUUCGAUUUUUUUUCCCAGUCGUUCAACAGACGGACAGUCAGUUCAUGUUUCUGCGAUCUAGCUGGGUCCAGCUGAACAUUGUCAAUGGCCAGGUCAAAAUUCUGGUACUAUAGAGCACUCUUGUGCAACUGAUCUUAUGCCUGGUGGUUCAAUGGUAUCCUCCCGUCAUUCAGGCAAUUAUAUAAAACACUUAAUUCCUUCACAAUUAUAGUGGUAGUUUGCAACAAUCUCUUUGUUUUUGGUUAACUAUCGCUUAAGUACCUUCCAAAGCAAAAUUGUUUUUGUGAAACAUAUCGCUUAGAUGUACACAUGUUGCUUGAAAUGAGUGCAACAUCUGAUACAGAAUAAAGAGAUAAGUAUGGGAUAUCAUGCAGUGUUGGUGUGUCACAGGAAUUGUUAUUUUCUAAUUGUCCCUUGACGCUGGUAUUCCCUAAACCAGCAGGGCCACUGACUGCAUGAAGCAUUCUUUUUCCCAUUCAUUGAAUGUGGGCAUCACUGGCUAGGCCAGUAUUUAUUGCCCAUCCCUAAUUGCCAUUGUUUAGAGGGCAUUUAAGAGUCAACCACAUCACUGUGGGUCUGGAGUCACAUGUAGGCCAGACUAGGUAAGGACAGUAGAUUUCCUUCCCUAAAGGACAUUAGUGAACCAAAUGGGUUUUUACAACAAUUGACAAUGGUUUCAUGGUCAUCAUCAGACUUUUAAUUCCAGAUUUUUAUUGAAUUCAAAUGUUGCCUUCUUCCAGGGUGGGACUUGAACCUGGGAAUUAUCCUGGGUCUUCUCGAAAACUAGUCUAGUGACAAUACCACUGUGUCACCCCAGGAUUGUUGGUUUAACUCCAGAUCAAAAUGUGCAACUUAUGAUCUUCCAGAAUGUCUAUCAUUAUGUUUCUCUGUCAGUGCUAUGCUAAUAAUGUAGAAACUGAACUAGGCCAUUUGGUCAGACCCUCAAUCCUGUUUCACCAUUCAAUCAGAUCAUGGCUGAUUCAAAUCUUAACUCUGUUUACCUGCCAUAUGGUUUAAUAGCCCUGCCCAACAAACAUCUGUCGAUCUUUGUCUUGAAAAUUUCGAUCAACACAGAAUCCACAACCAUUUUUGGGGAACAAAUUCUGAUUGCCAUUACCCCAACAGAGGAAACAGUUCCUUUGAAUCUUUUUUUUAACAGAAAUCUCCCCAUGGCUUCAUCCACCUUUUGAAAAGGCAUUCAGGGUAGUGGGGAGUCAGAGAAGCCCCGACCUGAAUAAUAAUGGUGUCAGGGUUCAAGCAGUGGAAUUUCUUCUCUGUUGCCGCUCCAUCCUUCCCAACUUAUGCAGCUUUGCAGCACUGAAGGAGGUCAUUUGGCCUAAUGUGCCUGUGCCAGCUCUCUUAAAGAGUUCUCCACUUAAUCUAAGUCCUCCACCCUUGCCCUUAAGUUGCAUUUGAUAAGAUUGGUAGGAGCUUUGCCCUCCUGCUAUAUAACAGAGUCACCACCUUAUCAUCUAUGAGUAGAGUGGGCUGAGUGACCUGUUCUUGUGUACUUUCUUGCUCACUUCUGGUAGCUUUUAGCAGCAAGUUUAGAAUGACAUGGCGAUUGUUCCAUCAUUGAAAACAUGUAACCCUUGGGUCACAAGUGUCACAUUUGUAAUGUACAAUGUUUUAUAAUGAGUAACAGAAACUGGUAUGAUAUUCUGCUUAAUACAGGCUGUCAUUCUAAAAGUACAGCAUGAGAUAGAACAACUGCCAGUUCGGUUACACUGCUACUGGAGUUCAUUCCAUUAUCAGUGACAGACACGUGUUUACUGUACAAUGGAGAAUAGGUAAAUGCCAAAGAUGAUAUAAAAUUCAGAGCAAAUCACAAAGAAGCUUUAUGAAAACAACUAAGUUAUGUUGUCCUUGAUGAACUAUAUUAAAGAUUGGCAGAAAAUG